AUGAACAGGGAGCAUUCCUUUGGGACACUAUCUGCACGGAGACGAAAGGAGAACUUGGAAGCAAGUAGUACUCUUGCAAAAUGCUAUGCACCUUCUUCGUUGAAGAAUGAGAUACUCUGCUCACCUGUCCGAACACCAAGAAUUCAACAAGGCCUGGAUGUUGGUUACUUUGACAAUUGCAACAGCUACUGCAAUAUUGAUCCGAAAAUACUCUCCGUGUCCGGGGCCCCUGUUGAUCUAAACUCUUCGAAUCCUACUAUUUCUUCUUUAUCUUCUAACCCAACAGAGUUGAGCAGUGACUUGUAUUCCGAUUGGCCAGAACAACAGCAUCCUUUCCAGUGGAAUGAUUAUUGCAAUCUGAAUCUUUCUCCGGUUAAGGUCUCGGCACCUGCAGCUGCAGCAUCUGCUCAAAACAUACAGGUUAUAGCAGUAUCAUUGAUUGUUAAGUCCGAUGGUUCAGCAGAUCUAGUGCGCGAAAACGUGAAUAAACCCGAACCAUUAAACAACGAAAUGGCGGUAACAGAUAACAUUUGUGUUCGACCAGAACAGGUUUAUGAGGUUAAUAGCGAACUACCAUCAAGUGUCGCGAAAACACUAGUGGAUACGGAUUCACUGUAUACUUCUAGUUUUGAAGACAUUUCAUAUGGCCCGGCAAAUAUGGCUCGAACAAAUACGUGGACUCCUGGUUCAGGCUAUCUAAAGACCGAAUCUGUAUGGGAAACGCCAAUGGGUGGGUGUCCUAUGAAAUGGAGUAUGAGUGAUAGUGGCCUGUCUGAUGCUCGAGUUGCUGCUCGACAGGCUUUGCAAUCUCGACGGCUCCAUCGGCUUCCUUCUGUGGUACGCCCUGGAAAAUCACGACGAAAACGAAGCUGGUCUGCAUGUAAUCAGUCGAGCUUUUCUGAAAAUUCGUCUAAACGAUUUUACACGCCCUCGGAUCAGACGGCGUUCCCAAGUAGCCCGCUACUUUCUCGUUAUCAAUACCGCUGUAAUACCUGCACCCUUACUUUUAGCACGCGUGAACAAUUAGCAGUGCAUGAAGAAUCUUGUCUUCAUUCCCUACAGUCAUCGUUUCUCUCUAGUGAUUACUUUAAUGAGCCAUCUUCUCUAGACGAAGAUUGGUUUCCUUCGGUGAUCUAA